AUGCCGGACCCUUUCAGAAUACCCAAGCCGGAUCCCGUCUACUCCUCACCAAAAAGGUUCCAGCAGAUCGACCCGUUCGACGAUGAUGCUGCUAUUGAAUCAUUCGAUACCCGUACUUCGAGAACAGACUCUCCCUCAAAGACUGCCAUGAGAUACAGUCCAGCUGUCAAGUUUGGGAGACGUGAUUCGUCUGCAAUGGCAGCUGCGGACGACUUCUCCAAUAGUACCAUUGCCAAUCGGUUUGUGAUGGCAGCCAGUGAACAGGGUCAUAGAGGCUCAUUCGCAGAGUCUGAUCUCUAUCCACAACCACAGCAGCAACCCCCAGUCACUCCGAGGUCGAAAUUCACUCAAAUGGAGUCGCCAAAGAGAUUCACUCCAGUGGUGGCCUCUCCCACCCGGUUCAAGAGAACAGUGACUGGAGAGACUGAUUUUGGCAAGUCAGUGGGAUCCGACAAAAGCUCGAGAGUGUUGCCACCUCCCAAGCCAAUUUUCUCCGCAUCAACUUUUGCCGCAGCCAAUCACGACCAGCCCUUGGACUUGCACCAGACUGCUUCUUACUCCUCCCAAGACACCUAUGCCACCAACGGGUAUCUCAAGGAGAAGGGCGAUUUUGCAGCCUCUGUUUUCAGCGAUGCAACUACAACUGCUGGAGAUGAUGAGGAUGCCAUGAACAAGUUUGCGUCCUCGCUAGAUGGCCAUAUGUUUGAAGAUGUGCCUACUGAGUUCCAGCCAAGAAGAGAGAUCAAGGUGACCCAGAAGACCUUCCACUCCAAAAACGGUAAUCUGGUCUUGGAUAACCCAAUUCCCUCAACAUUGGCCAAGUUCUUGCCCCAGAAGAGCGCAGAUGAAUUUGAAUAUAUGAGAUACUCUGCUGUCACUUCUGGACCCGACGAAUUCGAGGAGUCCGGCUUCAACAUUCGUGCAAAGGAGAUGAACCGGUCCACAGAACUGUUGAUUGCCAUCACCAUGUACAAUGAAGACGAGGUUGCUCUGGCCAGAACUCUCCAUGCUGUGUUCAAGAAUAUUGCAUAUUUGCAGAAAAGACAACAGAGUUCCACGUGGGGUGCUAAUUCAUGGCAGAAAAUCGUGGUCAUGAUCAUUGCAGAUGGCCGCACCAAGGUGAAGCCGGGUGUUUUUGAACUCUUGUCAGCUAUUGGUGUUUAUCAAGAGGGCAUUGCAAAGUCUUUUGUGAACAGUAAGCCUGUCAACUGUCACAUGUUCGAAUAUACCACCCAAUUGAGCAUCGACGAGAAUCUCGUGUUCCAGAGUGACGAAAAGGGACUCGUUCCUGUGCAGAUCGUCUUCUGCAUGAAAGAGAAGAAUGCCCAAAAAAUCAAUUCUCAUCGCUGGUUGUUCAAUGGUGUUUGCCCAAUACUGGAGCCCAAUGUGUGCAUUUUGCUGGACGUUGGUACCGUUCCACAUGAUUCCGCCAUUUAUCAUCUGUGGAAGUCGUUCGAUCUGGAUUCGAACGUAGCAGGUGCGGCAGGUGAGAUUUUGACUAUGAAGGGAAAAUACUGGAAAAACCUGCUGAACCCAAUCGUUGCAUCCCAGAACUUUGAGUAUAAAAUGUCCAAUAUUUUGGACAAACCGUGCGAGUCAGUGUACGGCUACAUCAGUGUUCUGCCUGGUGCUCUGUCUGCAUACAGAUACAGUGCUCUUCAAAACCACGAAGAUGGCACAGGACCACUCCACUCCUACUUUAAAGGAGAAAGAGGCUACCAAAGUGACGAGAAGUCAGACAUCUUUACUGCAAACAUGUAUUUGGCCGAAGACAGAAUUCUGGCGUGGGAAUUGGUCUCUAAGAGAGAUGCCAAGUGGGUCUUGAAGUACGUCAGAGCAGCGAAAGGUGAGACUGAUGUGCCCGAGACUUUAUCGGAAUUUAUUUCACAGAGAAGAAGAUGGCUGAACGGAGCAUUUUUUGCAGCUAUUUAUUCUCAACUCCAUUUCAGAAGUAUAUGGAAAACUGAUCACUCUGCUAUGCGCAAGUUCUUCUUUCAUAUCGAGUUCAUAUACCAGUUCCUCACCACUUUAUUCUCGAUUUUUUCGGUUGCAAAUUUCUAUCUGGCAUUCUACUAUAUGGUAGGAUCAUUGUCCACCAACGAGUCAAUUCCUAACAAUGGUGGGUUCUGGAUUUUUCAGAUCAUGAACUACAUCUGCAUGUGCUGCCUGGCCUCGAUGUUCGUGAUCUCUAUGGGAAACAGACCACAGGGAGCCCCCAAGUUAUACAUGCUCUCUGUGAUUGUUUUGACAUUCUGUGGGUCAUUUGCAAUUAUCAGUGGCUUUGUGUACAUGUGUCAAUUGAUCAAGGCCCACAGUCUUGGUGAAGUGAGUGGUCUUUCGUUCGCAAACAUCGUUGUUUCUCUGGGUUCCACCUAUGGACUGUACGUUCUGAUGAGUAUUGUGUACUUGGACCCUUGGCAUCUCCUUUCGUCCGCUCCACAAUAUUUCAUGCUUCUUCCCAGUUACACAUGUCUGCUGCAAAUUUAUGCCUUCUGCAACACUCACGAUGUGUCCUGGGGUACUAAGGGAGAGAACAACCCCAAAACCAACCUGGGCAGUGCCAUCAUUACCCAGACCGAAAGUGGAGAGGAGGUCAUCAAGGUGGACAUCGUUGGUGAUCAGAGAGAUAUCGACUCAAUCUACGCCGAGGUUCUCUAUAAACUGAAGGAGAGAAGAAAGCAGCCUUUGAAAAUGCGUGAAGGAUUCGUCCAAGCACCACCACCAAGUGACGAGGACUAUUACCGGGACCUGAGAUCACGUGUCGUGCUCAUUUGGCUGAUCUUGAACUUGGUGUUGAUCAUGACUGUCACCCAGGUGUACAAGCCAGGAUCUAUUAAGACUAAUGGCUAUCUUAUGACGAUCCUGUGGAGUGUGUUCGGCUUUGCAUUGUUCAGAGCCUUGGGGUCGUUUGCUUAUCUGUUCCAUCUUCUCUUGAGAUGGGUGGUCGUGAGCCACAACAAGUGGGAGAUAAGAAAAGGAUUAAAGGAAGAAGAGUGA